AUGGACAUUAAACCAGAGCCUGCAACAGUCCGUAUGAGUUCUCAUGAUUUGGUUAUCAAUAUUGACAGUGAAAAUGAAACGCUGAGCAAGGAUAUAAAUGAAAAAGGUUGUAUGAAUUUGUCUGCAACUGAUAAACAAAGCAACGUAAAUGAUAGCAAAACUGACAUUAAACCAGACAUUGUUACGCUAAAUCCUGAUAGUAGUAAGCAAGGCAAUGCAAACACGUUUGUAACGGUCAUUAAGCCAGACUUUGUGUCAAUAAACACUGAUUCCUCCGAGGCUGCUAAACAAGACAAUGACAGUAAACAAGAACCUACAACUGUCAGCCCAGCUUCCAGUGAUCUGGUUGUCGCUAUUGACAGUGGCGCUGGUGGACAAAGACCGUCUCAAAGUUCUCCCAGACAACACAAUGACAUACUGGAAAACUCUCAAGUCAAAGACCAGUUUAAAACUGACGUAAAACAAAACCCUGUACCCCAAAGCCCUGGGUCUCCUUCGGGUGAUUUGUUUAUUGAUAUGGACAGUGACACUGAAUUGAGUACGAGAGCGACACGCAGGGCAAAGGAGAGAGAACGAUAUUCAAGUCUGACUAGUGAGUCAAGCAGCGAGGAGCAGAAAGUUUCGUCUUUUGAUUGGAUACGAAAUUUGAGUGAAAAACUAAGUAAUUGUGUCGAAAAGAAUAUGCAAGAAGGUAUGGUGUCAUCAUCUUGACCAUCAUCAUUAUCACCAUCUUCACAAUCAUAACCAACCUAUAAUACAACCUAUGAACCACUACCAUCAUCACCAUUAUUAUCAUCAUUACCACCAUCAUUAAGCCUAGUUCUCAUUCAUCGCAAACUGUCACCGACGAUCGGCGACGCUUAUCGCCGAUACUCGCCGAGCGCGAAUGCACGAAAGUUCUCAUACAUCGGUGAUCGUCGCAGAUGACAGCCGAUGUGUUUCGAAAUUUCCCACCAAGGCACAAAAUGGCCCCAUUCAACGUAAAGUUCAUGAUUUCUGUCAAACUUCAGUUGAUUAUUUCCUUGCUUGUUGAGGAAAAACAACUUUUACUCAUUUCUCAUAGAUUUUUCAAGCAGGUGGCAGUCGGCGAUGGUCGCAAGAAACAAACUUUUUUGUUUCCUGCGAUGUCAUCGCCGAUGGUCGGCGACGAUUACGGACAAUCGGCGAUAUAAUUUUUGAUGUGUUCUCAUAAAUGGCAAGCGGUCGCCGACGUCGCAAAGCUCCCAUCGCCGACGGUUUGCGAUGAAUGAGAACUAGGCUUUAACAUCAUCACAAUCACCACCAUCAUAAUCAUCAUCACCACCACCACCAUCUUACUAUGAUUGAGAUGUCAAUUCUGACAUUAAGUUGCUUCAGAAAUAACUGAACGUAUCUAUUAUCUAUCCCAGAGGCCACGAAUUCUACUACACCACCUGAAAAUGAUAACACUCCAUCUGGCAACAACGAUAUUCGUCCAAAGAACACAAAGCAAAGUGGUCGCAAAGACAAUUUACCAACUGCAGCACAACGACAAACAAGUCUAGUCACAACAAAUACUUUCCCAAAUAAGGACAUUGAUGUAAAAGGCAAGAACGUUUUUGAAGAAAAGCAAGCAGGACGUGACAAGAAAGAUACAAGAGUUAGUGAGAGUCUAAAGAGGAAAGAAUUUGAUGAUGAAUCUAGAAACAAAACUGGGAAACGAAAACAAAAUCAUAAGGUAUUGGAGGAUUUAUAAACUUUUGUAUACUCAACUUCAAACCAAACCUACCCAGCUAUUUUUUUAUUGUAGGGCAUUCCGUCAACCAACAGACAGCAAUCGUACACAGGACGAGUAACAAGAUCUAUGUCUCACAGUGAUGUGGAGUCUGGUUAUACGGAUGAAAACAGAACAUCACUCGAACGACCACAAGGAUCGGGUCACAACAGUUGGAAGAGAAAUUCUCCGGGAAAACAACAAGGAACAAGGCACAGGAAUGACCAGAGAAGAUCAUCUCGCGACUGGCAAGAAAAAGCAAGUAAUACAGAUCAGAACAGAAGAGCUUCUUUCCCAAGAGCACAAGAAACAAGUAGUAAAAAUGAGCAGAGACCUCACCCUAGCAGUGAAAGAUCACGGAGAAGGUCACCCCCUCCUCAAAGACAACACGAACCAAGGGGACAACACGCAUCUUCUCGCGAAAGACAAAAAGAAACAAAUAACAACAAUCAGAGAAAACGAUCUCCUCCCGGUAACAGAUCGCAAGGAAGACAACCCUCUUAUGAAUUAUCGAAAGGAGCAAGUCAUGGCAACGAAAAGAGAAGACAUUCUCCCCGCGGUGAAGAAAGAUCUUCUCUAGAAAGACAAGAGAAAAGUGUUGUUAUUGUUAAAGAAAAUGUUGGUGCUCCUAGUCUGUUGUCUAUGCUGUCCAACGACACUUUUGAUGUUACUGUUGCACAACAGGUUGUAAUAUUUGUUGUAACAGGUUGUAACACUUCUGCCUUGCGUUACCCAUCUUCUGUCUUGAUCAUCCGUCUGAAUGUAAGACAAGUACAUCAAGACGAAGUAAACCUUGGCUCAAAUAAAUUUGAUGACGUGCAUUCUUAUGUAUCGCCAUAAAGUACACACGCAAAAAUCUCACAUCUUGUAACAUGUUUGUCAACAAGCCGUCAACAAGUUGUGUUCGCACUGCUUGUCACAAGUUGUCAACCAGUUUGGAACAAGCCGUUAACAAUUUGUAACAACCUUGUUGAUAUUAUCAGGCUUGUUACAAGGUUGUUCCAACAAGUCCGAUACAGUCAUGAUAUAGCAGUAUUGUUACAACCUUGUGUCGUCAACCUUGUAACAUUCUUGUUAUAUCAUGACUGUAUCAGACUUGUUAGAACAACCUUGUAACAAGUCUGAUAAUGCCAUCAAGCUUGUUACAAGUUGUUAACAGCUUGAUCAAAACUUGUUGCAACAACUGGGAACAAGCAGUGCGAACACAACUUGUUGACAGCUUGUGAACAGAUUUGUAACAACUUGUUUGCAGACCUGUAACAACUUGUGCGUUUUUACGUGUGUAGCUGGGAAUGCAAUUGCAGUAUUUUAAUUUUAGCUACUAAUACGAAUUUCUUAUAAAUUUGAAGUAAAUCCUCUUUGCUAUAAAAAUCUACGUGCAGAAAAUUUUCUAACCCACUUUCUUCUUUAGGAUUGUCAUUUUCCUGAUCGGACUGUAAUCCGAUCUAAAUUUCGACCUUACACAUUUCAUUAUUUUAUAUUCCCAAUUAUUAAAUGACAUUUUUUAAUUUUUUCAACAGGAACUAUCCGAUCAACGGAAAAGUAAGUGUGUCGUUUAAUCUAAGUUUCCUCUACUACUUUUGGUGUAAAAUAUUCCCUUCCAGGCGCCCUCGGCUUUCUUUACCUCCCCUAGCUGCAAAAUCAACUCAAGAAAUAUCUUAAUAUCUCCAGAUAAUAAGCGCGGGGGGAAGAAGAAAAAGAAAAAAAAACCAUCGGCAUGGUUUCUACGACAAAUACAGAAGGAGAAAGAAAUGCGAGAAAAAGGCCAACAACCACGACGGCAAGUACCAAGAGAGCGGCUUCUUCCAUGCCUGUAUUAUCGCGGUGGAAAAUGUUCUAAAGUAUGUCGUACUGUUUACAGGUUUUUUCCACCCCUGCAGAGUUCGGUGUACUGUUGUGUAGUCCCUGUACUGUAAUUUUGACCUCAGUUGCAUGUGAGAAGGUUUAAGGUUGGUCAUUUUAAGGUUGGUCUUCACAUGGGGCUAUUCAUGUCCUGUUGACCAUACCUUCAACCAUAUUAUGUAGUGGUUUAAUCUAUUUUAUGUAUGGUUGCAAAGUUAAUAAGUAAAUAAAAGAAGAGUGCUUCAAAUCUGCCUCUGCCAAACGCUGCUCUAUUUCUUCUGGCAGGCUCUUAAUGAUAACAAUUCAUAACUGAUAGAGCUAUACAGUAAAUAAACGUUCAUAUCUUUGUUUCAGGGUGCAACAUGUCAGUUCAAACAUGAGAAGAUAAAAGAGUUGUGUCGUUUUUAUGUCACUCGUGUCUGUGAUAAGCAUCCCGAUGGAAUGUGCCCCAGGAUGCAUGGUAAGUUUUUUUGCUAGAUGUGGCCCCCGUUAACCAGCCACAGAUACUGUAAGCCAGUGAGUCAGACUUUGAGCCAGGCUGUUAAUUCAUCUAUUUUCUUUUUGUUUCAGAGGAAUUUCCCUGUACGUUUUUUCAUACACGAAAUCAUUGUUCAAGUGGCAACACUUGUAAAUACUCGCAUGCUCCACUGACCGACGAAACUCGUGAAAUUUUAGAGAAAGUGAGUAUUCUUUCUGAAGUUGUGAUGAAUCUGGUGAAUAUUGUGGCGAAUGUGGAGAAUUUUUUGGCGAAUGUGGAGAGCGGUGCAUUAUAUAUGGUGAUGAAUGUUGUGAUCACUGAUCUAAAGAAAAUCGAAAUAUUACCUUAGUUUUCAUUUUAGUAUGUUACUGAGAUGGCACAAAGAAGACAGGCACUAGACCAUCCCGUGAUCAACACAGCUUCUGAACAAAUUUCUGUCAUCGCGCCUAUACAAGAGAACAAUGGACCGUCAACUUCCAGUAAUCUCACCACUGCAAUGAACUCAAAUCCUGGACCUUCACACGGAACUAACCCAAACAUUGUGGGAUUUUCUACAGCUUCUAAGCCCGGUGUUGGAUUAAACCCAGCUUCAAUAACUCCGCCACUUCGUAAGUAUUCAUAG